UAAUGAUUUCCACGGCUAUUUUUCAGAUCAAACUCGUUGCAUUAGAUGAAUCAAUAGCAUCCCAAUUCUAACUGAACUCGAACUCCCGAAAACACUGUGUGACGCUGGCGUCACGAGACACCAAAAUAAAUAUAGAGCAACGGAAAGUUCGUCGCUCUGACGCGCCACGUAAAGGUCGUUUCAGUGACAAAUUUUUUUAUUUCUGACAACUUGAGAUUUUUCCCGCGACGGCGGAUUGCAAUAAAUCGUUUACCGUACGAAUUCCUGUGGAGGAAAUUUCGCAAAAAAAUCGAAAUUCUUAUUUUCGCGUCGGGAGUUGCGUAACGUUCAACAAGUGGGGCUUCUGUCGUUUAGCUCGCUAGAUAAGUGUUGACGUUAAGGCAACCAGAAUUACGCGACUACGAACAUUCGAUGCUUCCGGAGAUAAAUCUACUGCCAUCUAGACAGAUUCCACGACGAUCGAUUUCGCUGGGAAAGGCGCGGAGCGUGCAUUUGGAAAUCAUCGAUUGAAGAUAAAUAUCGAACAGAUGGCAGAGGCAGUUAGUCGACAUUUGACAGAGGCCGAUUUUUACCACCUUCCGAUCUUCGGUCACCUCCAUCAGUUGGUGUCCUCGUUCACCAUAACGCAGCAACCCUUUGAAGAAGACGGCGCCGGUAGCAGAAGCGGUAGCAGCAAGAGGGUGCGUUUCAGCAACGCGGGGAUGGAAGACAAUGACCGAGGUAUCGGAUUCAUCAGGGCCAGUCACUACUUGAGAGAUGACAGCCCAGACGAGGAUUCCGACAGACAGCAAGCCAUGAGGUUGUUGCAGGUGCCAUCAGCACCAAGACAUGGCAUUCUGCGAUCCUCAAGUUUUUCUUCAAACAACUCCAGCGACUUAGAUAUUCCGAUAUAUUCAUCUGAAACUCUUAGUAAGACGCCAAGAAAAGAAGUACCAGGGGGAUUCAAUGGAAAAUUAGCCUUUGCUAUUGCUGCUUCUGCAUUAGGAUCAUCCUUCCAACAUGGUUACAAUACGGGUGUGCUCAACAAUCCGCAAAAGAUCAUCGAGACAUGGAUCUCACACACGAUGGCGAACAGGACAAGGGAGUAUCCAGACCAGCAAACUGUUACGUUUGUAUUUUCUGUGAUGACGUCGAUAUUUUGUAUCGGUGGUAUGAUCGGUGGAGCCAUAACCGGUGUCGUCGCAGACCGUUUUGGACGUAAAGGCGGCCUCCUGCUGAAUAACAUCUUCGUCAUCUUGGCCGUCAUAUGCGAAGCAGUCUCCAAAACUGUUGGAUCUUACGAACUCAUCAUCCUUGGCCGUUUCCUUAUUGGUGUGAACUCAGGCAUGAAUGCAGGCUUAGCGCCCAUGUACUUAGCUGAGAUAUCGCCGAUCAAUCUGAGAGGAGCCGUCGGUACUGUAUACCAACUGGUGAUUACCGUUUCAAUCCUGGUUGCUCAGAUCCUGGGGUUGGGGUCUAUACUGGGUACUGCGGAAUUGUGGCCUACUUUGCUGGCUAUCACCAUUGUUCCAUCCAUAUUCCAGCUGGUGACCCUUCCAUUCUGCCCCGAGUCUCCAAAGUACCUGUUGUCAAAGAACAAUGAGAAUGAGGCUCAGAAUGCAUUAUCCUGGCUGCGAGGUACCAACAUCGUCCACGAAGAGAUGGACCUGAUGAAGGCAGAGUAUGACGCUGUCAAGAUGCUUCCUAAAGUCACCAUGAGGGAGAUUAUCACCAACAGCAUGCUUAGGAUUCCACUCAUUAUUUCACUGAUGGUGAUGUGUGCACAACAAUUGUCUGGUAUUAAUGCUGUAAUGUUCUUCUCAAGUCAAAUCUUCAUGAUGGCAGGUUUAGACAACGCAGGAUCAACUUACGCCACACUGGCUAUGGGCACCAUCAAUGUCAUCAUGACUGUCGUUUCACUCUUCUUAGUGGAGAAAGCGGGCAGAAAGACACUUCUUUUGGUUGGAUUUGGUGGCAUGGUUGUUGACACUGCUUUGUUAACCAUUGGAAUGAUGUUUGCGGCACAAAGCAAAGUGGCCAGUAUAUUGUGCAUUAUUUUCGUUUUGGUCUAUGUGAUCAUGUUUGCCACCGGCCCAGGAUCAAUUCCAUGGUUCUUGGUAUCAGAGCUAUUCAACCAGUCAGCAAGACCUAUAGCAACAUCUUUAGCUGUCUCCAUCAACUGGACAGCUAACUUCUUGGUCGGAUUGGCAUUUUUACCUCUAGCUGAACUUAUGGGACCCUGGGUAUUCAUCAUCUUCGUCAUCCUUCAAGCUCUCUUCUUAUUGUUCAUCUACAAGAAAGUACCUGAGACAAAGAACAAAACUCUGGAGGAGAUUUCAGCUAUGUUUAGACAACAAUCUUAUCAGUAAACUGUAAAUGGGUCAGAAGAUUUAAAAUCUCUCUUGAUAUAUAUCUAAAUGUGACUGUUCCAGGAGGCUUUGGAUCUCGACGAAACCAUUUAAAAAAAUACUUGUGACUAAAUUUCUUUUUACUACUAGUGUUGAUUGUAUUGUAAUAUCUAAACGCUGCGACUGAUUUAGGAAAAUAGAAAAAUUGGAGUGGGAUUCAUUAAAAAGUACGAACAUUGCUAUGUUUGAUUUUGUGGUUUUCAAAAAUUUUGGGUGAUAUUUCGAGGAGAUGAGUGAGAGUCAUGUGUCGGGUACAUCCAAAACAACGGAUAUCCUGAUGCUCGCUUGUCGCUUAUGUACAGUAGCGGAAAAAACUAGUGGUGUCCCACCUGGACGCCAAAUAAAAUAUAGAGUAUAUUAUGAUUGUCAUUUUGAUCUGUACUUCUGAGAUCAUUUUUUGACAAUCGCUUUCAAAUAUUUUUCCGAAUGCGAUCUUGGAUUCCGUAUUUAUUUGUAUUGUGAAACGUAAAUAUGUGUCCCGUUUUAUCGAAUACUUAAACAAUCAUAACCACUGUGCAAUUUUUUAUAGAAUCCCACAUGUUAGUUGUAGCACAGUUUGUACUAAGACUGUUAAUGAUACAUCACUAUUACCAAACAAGCGGUUGGCACGAGCUGCUAUACUAGCUAGAUAUAUUGUCGGCUGCAUAUCUUUAUCUUAUAUUAAGAAUUUUUUAUAACCAAACCGUACACUAUUUUUGGAGAUAUUUUCUUCAUAAACAUGAUUGAUUUCGCACCAUGAAACUUAGAAGUGAAAUUUUUGAGUUUCAGUUUUAUCAUUCAUACUCAAAAAAAGUACCUACUUCACAGUUAAAAAAAAUUAAAAAUAUGGUGGCUGCGUCCCAUACUUUGCAUCUGCAAAACGGAGAAUGUGUACGUUAAAGAAAUCACGGAUACCAAACGUUUAAUGGGUACCAGUAAAAGAACGAUAGUGGAUUAAAAAACUACAAACAAAUUCCAUUUUAUAAAGCUAGUUUAUUUAUUUUGUUUAGUUUGCUUUAUUUAUUUUCGUAAAUAGGCGGGUAAAUAAAUACGGUUAUUUUUAUAUACAUAGGUCCAGAGGCUCACUAAGAGUUGAAGUACAUGUUAGACAGAACAAUGUUUAAGAACCACCCAGUAUCCUAUAUGUUGUAUGUACCUUAAGCUAUACCUCAUGUUGUUAAUGAAAAUAAUAUACUCGCGGUCUGCUCAGGCUACAAAAAAAGGUGAGGCCAAAACGGGAAUGGGGAAACAGUGUUAUCAGACUGCUGAUUAUAAGUAAUUAUAAAACGCAACAAGUUUCAAAACAACAACAACAACUAAAAGUUCAUCACAAAUUCAUAUCCAAAAAUGUCUGCGGCAUAUUUUGCCCAAAUCGGGUAAUUUUUGCAUCAUUGUUGUCUUAAUGCUCGAGUCCACCGUUUUUGUAGUUUGGUGUUUUCUUCAAAUAUGGAAAUAAAUAUCGAUAUACUCGUACCGUUUAAAAAAAUGCAUACUUAAUAGUCGUAAGCAAUUAUUAUUCUCACAAUAUAUGUUUUUCAAGCAAACAAUAAUGUGAAUGCAAAUAAUUUUUCUUUAGUAUUUAUAUAAUAGAAUUAUAGAGCUACAGUAUGUCUUAUUCCUCUGUAUUUUAAUAAUAUAAAUUUGUAUUUGUUCAAAUAUAU